UUAGGGUGACGUUAGACCGCCUAUCGAUGUCACGCGGGGAGCAGAGAUACGGGUUUAAAGCGGUGGUGCUACCUGCACCGGCGGACAGUCUGAUUGUGACGGCAGCAUGAAACACAUCUGUGUGGUUAUACUACUACUAACGACCGCCGUCUGUGGACAGCGGCGAUUUCCAGAUGACUUCAAAUUUGGAGUUGGAACAUCGUCGUACCAGAUUGAAGGGGCCUGGAACGAGGAUGGAAAGGGUGAAUCAAUUUGGGAUCGUUUGACGCAUGAACAUCCGGAAAAGAUUCUCGAUCAAAGCAGUGGCGAUAUUUCUACCGAUAGCUACCACUUGUGGAAGCGUGAUGUGGAGAUGGUAAAGGAACUCGGGGUGGAUAUUUAUCGAUUCUCAAUCGCUUGGACGCGCAUCAUGCCAACCGGCAUUAGCAACGAGAUCAACGAACAGGGCAUCGCGUACUAUAACAAUCUGAUUGAUGAGCUGCUGAGCAAUGGGAUCACACCGAUGGUGACACUGUACCACUGGGAUUUACCACAGCGUUUGCAGGAGAUGGGCGGUUGGACGAAUGAACUGAUCGUUGAUCACUAUGUCGAGUAUGCGCGAGUACUGUUCGAACGGUAUGGCGAUCGUGUUAAGACGUGGACCACCUUCAACGAACCGUGGCAAACGUGUGAAAAUUCGUACUCAAACAAUGAGAUGUCACCUGGAUUCCACUUCCCCGGGAUUCCAGCGUACCUUUGCGCCCACAACCUGCUGAAGUCACAUGCCGAAGCGGUGCAUUUAUACUGGAACGAGUUUAAGCCGACGCAGCAGGGUAUUAUAGGUAUUACGCUGGAUUCGAGCUGGGCCGAACCGGCGACGGAUUCGGAGGAAGAUAUUAGGGCUGCCGAGCGGUCAUUACGAUUCAAUCUCGGUUGGUUUGCUAACCCGAUCUUUUCCGAGUCUGGAGACUAUCCGCAGGAGAUGCGCGAAACCAUCGCCAACUUGAGCGCAGCUCAGGGCUUCCCAACGUCACGGCUACCUUCCUUCACGCCGGAAGAGAUCGUACGCAUCCGUGGAACUUCUGAAUAUUUCGGCCUAAACACCUACGGUAGCUCGAUGGUAAAAGCGAACGAUGGUCCAUACAAUCCUGCUGAUGGACCAUCGCACGGACACGACACGAACGUGAUCGGAUUUUUUGAUCCGAGCUGGCCGGUCGCUGCAUCGCCCUGGCUCAGUAUCGUCCCAUGGGGUAUGCGAAAGCUGCUCAACUGGAUUAGCAAGGAGUACAACUAUCCGCCGAUCUGGGUGACGGAAAACGGUGUGAGUGAUUUCGGUGGCACCAAGGACGAUGUCCGCAUCGAUUACUUGAACGAAUAUCUCGAUGCGGUACUGGACGCGAUCGAUGAUGGAUGUAAUGUACGGGGUUACGUUGCUUGGACAUUGAUGGACAAUUUCGAAUGGCGUGCCGGAUAUGUUGAAAAGUUUGGCUUUUACUACGUCGAUUUUAGUACUCCCGAGCGUACGAGAUAUCCUAAGUCAUCGGCCAAGGUAUUGGCGAACAUUGUCCGUACGCGUCAGAUCGAUUACGACUAUCGUCCGGAGCCGGAUACAUUCAUUCCGCCACCAACGCAAGGAAAGCUGUGA